AUGAUUGGUCACCUCAUCAACACAAUUAAUUUCGUUUCCCUACUUGGAGUAUUCGCUGUGAACCUGUUCUUCACAGAGAGUUCCCUCUCAAAUUUCAUUCGAACCUUUAUUGUUGAUCAGAAAGGACUUCUCCUCUUCACACAAUACAUUCCCUCUGAACAGUAUUCAAGACUCAUUCACAGUGCUCUCACUUCCUAUGUUGGAAAUGCAAAAACCAUUGAGGCUGUGAGUGCCAAAUACGACACGGCUUUCACUCCCUCACAUUUCACAUUUGGUAUUUGGGCUGUGAUUUAUUCAGCGCUCUUUCUCUUUAGCUUCCUCUCAAUCAUUAAUACGAAACGAGCCGAGAGUGAGAGAAUUGGUCGUGUCGUAGGUCCAUGGUUUUUACUUGCCAACAUUCUUAAUGUUUGUUGGGUCUUGGCUUUUUGUUUUGAUAAGAUUUUCCUUUCACAUUUGAUCUUCAUGUCCUUGUGGAUGAAUUUGUUCGUCAUUUACUCGAGUGCCAUUCGUACUCGAUAUGGAAAGGAAUUGGCUCAUGAAUUUCCAUUGUGGGUUCGUUUACCUUUUACACUCUACUUGGCUUGGGCAACCAUGGAAUUGUUGGCAUCGUUUCUCCUUGUUCUCAAAUAUGAUGUCAUCAAACCAUUUAGUGAUGUCUUUUCCAAGCAAAAAGAUACUCUCUAUUUGUUUAAUAUUGAUUUCUCUCAUCCUGUUCUGUCACUGGUUUCCAUGUGUGGUUAUGUUGCCAAUUUAUUGAAUGAAGAGCAAUGGGCAGCCACAAUGGUUACCAUCUCCUCAGUGAUUGCAUUGUGGUUUUCCAAGUUUAAGAGAGAUUUCACCUUUGUGGGAGUGGUGUUGUGGACUCAAGUCGGAAUUUUCUUGAGACAUUAUUCGCGAGCAUUUGUUACCAUUAGUAGUAGUGCCCCCAACGUGACAACUCAACCUGCAACUCCAACUGUGAUGCAAUGGAGUGAGUCCCUUCUCAUUGUUACAUGUCUUACGAAUAUGGCAUUAAUGACAUUUGAAUUUUUGUUUUCAGUUUGGGAGGUAUUGUCACCCUCUGCCACCGUCACUAUCGAGAGAAUCAUCGAAGAAGCUGAAGAACCAAAAGGAUCCAGGCUUGAUAUUGAGUUCACUGGUCCUUCCCAAAAGAAGAAGAAAAGUAAGGUUCUUUAA